AUGACCCAACUACCAGACCCCACGGUCGACCUCGACUGGUCGGGCUACGUCGGCUCAAUCCAGGAGCAUUUCAAGGCCCAAGCCGAGGCGCACCCCGAACGUCCUUGUGUCAUCGAGACCAAGUCGUCUACCACGCCCGAGAGGAGUUUUACCUACCACCAAAUUUACGAGGCUGCCAACACCCUGGCCUGGUAUCUACACAAUGCCGGCGUUACCAAUGGGGACGUGGUCAUGAUCUGGGCCCACCGCUCCGUCGACCUGGUGGUGGCCCUGAUGGGCAUUCUGGCUUCUGGCGCGACAAUGACCGUGCUCGAUCCCGCCUACCCUCCGGCAAGACAGCAAAUCUACCUCGAAGUCUCCCAGCCCCGCGCCUUACUAAGGAUUGGCCGAGCCACCGACGAGAACGGGCCCCUGGCGCCCUUGGUUCAGAAGUACAUCGAUGACGAACUAUCACUCAAGACUGACGUUCCUGACCUCCGACUCGGGGACGACGGUGUGCUCUACGGCGGCGAAGUUGACGGCCAGGAUAUCUUUGCUAGUGUGAGGCAACUCGCGUCCUCUCCUCCCGAUGUCAUUGUCGGCCCUGACUCAAAUCCUACACUCUCCUUCACAUCUGGCAGCGAAGGGCGCCCCAAGGGUGUAUUGGGCCGUCACUUCAGCUUGGUGAAGUACUUUGGUUGGAUGGCUGAGCGCUUCAGCCUCUCCUCCAAGAGCCGAUACACCCUCCUGUCCGGAAUUGCCCAUGAUCCCGUGCAGCGUGACAUCUUCACGCCCUUGUUCCUCGGGGCGCAGCUCCUAGUACCGUCCAGAGAAGAUAUUCAGCACGAGAAACUCGCCGAAUGGAUGCGCGAGCACAAGCCAACCGUCACACACCUCACACCAGCCAUGGGCCAGAUUCUGGUAGGCGGCGCUUCCGCCGAGUUUCCUAGCCUCGAGCAUGUCUUUUUUGUGGGCGAUGUGUUGACCACAAGAGACUGUCGUGCCCUCCGUCGCCUGGCCGCCAACGCCAACAUUAUCAACAUGUACGGGACAACCGAGACACAGAGGGCCGUCAGCUACUACGAAAUUCCGAGCCGGACAAGGGAGCCUGACUACCUGGACAAACUUAAGGACACCGUCCCCGCCGGCAAGGGGAUGCAGAACGUCCAGCUACUCGUCGUCAACCGGGAGAACCGAACCGAAAUGUGCAAGGUGGGCGAGGUGGGCGAGAUCUUUGUCCGGGCCGCCGGUCUUGCUGAAGGUUAUCUGGGAGACCAAGCGUUGAACGAACAGAAGUUCCUCAUGAAUUGGUUCGUCGACAACCAAACGUGGGUCGACGCGGACCUGAAGGCCAGCAAAGACGAGCCCUGGCGGCGCUAUUACAAGGGGCCUAGGGACAGAAUGUACCGGACAGGAGACCUCGGACGCUAUCUCGAGUCAGGAGACGUCGAAUGCGUCGGCCGUGCUGACGACCAGGUAAAGAUUCGCGGCUUCCGCAUCGAGCUGAACGAUAUCGACAGCAAUCUGAGCCAGAAUCCUCUCAUCCGCGAUUGCAAGACUCUCGUGAGGAGAGAUCGUAACGAGGAGCCUACCCUCGUGAGCUAUAUCGUUCCCGAAAACAAGGAAUGGCAACGCUGGCUCCGUGACCGCGGCCUGGCCGACGUCGAGGAUGCAGGCGUCGAAAUGGGCUCUGUUACAGUCUUCCUGAAGAAGUACAGGAGGAUGCAGACCGAGGUGCGCGACCAUUUGAAAACCCGGCUACCGACAUACGCCGUGCCCACCAUCUACAUCGUCCUCAACAAACUGCCACUAAACCCCAACGGAAAGAUUGACAAGCCAAACCUCCCCUUCCCUGAUGUUGCUGAGCGCGUCGAGGAUGCCUCAGAGGAAGACCUGAAGAGCUGGGAGUCCCUUACCGAAACCGAGCAGACUGUGGCACAGCUGUGGGCGGAUGUCAUCCGCGGCUUGAACCCAAAGACCAUCCAGAGGGAGAACGGGUUUUUCGACCUCGGUGGGCACAGUCUGCUCGCCCAACAGUUUCUCUUGACCGUUCGUAAGAGUUUGGAUACCGAUGUCCCGAUCAACACACUCUACGAACACCCUAGCCUAGCCGGUUUUAGUGCUCAGGUUGACAAAAUCCGGACCAACGACACGAGCGCUGUGGGCCCUGAAGCCGGGGAGGCUGCCUACGCCAAAUCCCUGGAUGAGUUGCUGCAUCAGCUACCCGAAAGGUACCAGACCGCCGACAGCGGAGCGCUCGGUUCGGCUGAGCAGCUGACUAUCUUCCUCACCGGUGCGACUGGCUUCUUGGGAUCCUAUCUGGUGCGCGACGUUCUUGAGCGGACGGCGCGGAAUGUCAAGCUCAUUGCACACGUUCGGGGUGUCAAGGAGCCGUCAGCCGCGCUUGCGCGUCUCCAGAGAUCCCUUCAAGGAUACGGUCUGUGGAAAGAGGAAUGGGUAGGGAGGCUCAGCGCUGUUGUGGGCGACCUAUCCAAGCCCCAGCUGGGUAUGGACGACGCCACAUGGCAAGCACUUGCGGAGGAGGCCGAUGUCGUAAUACAUAACGGCGCCACCGUCCACUGGGUCAAGCGGUACCAGGACAUGAUGGCAGCAAACGUUCUCUCCACCGUCGACGCUAUGCGGCUGUGUAACGAAGGGAAGCCGAAAGCCUUUUCCUUCGUCAGCUCGACCAGUGUUCUAGACACGGACUAUUAUAUCCAUUUGUCAGACCAACAAACUAGCACCGGCCAGGGGGCCAUUAUGGAGGAAGAUGACAUGAGUGGGAGCCGAUCCGGCCUUGGCACGGGCUACGGCCAAACCAAGUGGGUAUCCGAGCAGCUAGUCCGAGAGGCCGGCAAGCGCGGCCUUCUUGGGUCGGUCGUAAGGCCCGGCUACAUCUUGGGCGACUCUGAAACCGGCGUCUGCAACGUUGAUGACUUCCUCAUCCGCAUGCUCAAGGGCUGCAUCCAGUUAUCCUCUCGGCCCCACAUCAUCAACACGGUCAACGCUGUCCCAGUCAACCACGUCGCGCGUGUCGUGGUCGCGUCCGCUCUCAACGCGCUACCGGGCGGUGUCCACGUCGUCCACGUCACGGCCCACCCGCGCCUGCGCAUGAGCGAGUACCUCUCUAUCCUCGAGUUCUACGGCUACACGACGCCCGAGGUCACGUACGCGGCGUGGAAGGAGGAGCUCGAGAAGUUCGUGUCGGCCGGCGCGUUGGAGAAGGACCAGGAGCAGCACGCACUCAUGCCCCUGUACCACUUCUGUAUGAACGACCUGCCGGCCAACACGCGCGCCCCUGAGAUGGACGACCGGAACGCCGUGGCUAUUCUCAAGGCCGAUGCGGACCGCUGGACAGGUGUCGAUGACAGCACGGGCCACAGCGUCAGCAGGGAGGAUGUCGGCAGGUAUCUCGCGUAUCUGGCCGAGAUCAAGUUUGUUGGCCGCCCCAGCGGGAGGGGCAGGGCGCUGCCGGAGUUGAAGCCCGAGGUGUUGGCCGCGCUGGCCCUGGGCGCCACUGGUGGGCGUGGCGGUGCGCCUUAG